AUGCAGAACAUAGAUCUAGUCAGAGGGAAUCACACCUGGAGGGUUUUGGAGGAAGUACAAGAGUCGGCAGGAAUGGACAACCACAAUGACUCGUCCGAAUGUGUCAAGAGUCUACUGGACCCCCAUUUAUCCGUGUUGGAAAUGCUGGAAAGGAAGGAUAAUGACACAGUUAUGGAAGCCAGUAGCAGAAUAUCCAGGUCUUGGCAGAAUAUUGAGUCACCGGCUGAUUCGAAGCAGCUCUUAAGUGCUAAAUCUUCACAAGUUAGUAAUUUAGUCAGUAUUCUUUCAUCUUCCAGUGAUACCUCAGAUGAAGAGGUAGAUAGGAUUAAUAGUUUAAAUUCUGCUGGGGAAGGUAGCAGUAAGAAUUAUAACAACCCGUCCCCAUUGCAAAAUCCAAUAUAUUUACCAGAGUUCACGGAUGUCACUGCAGGCGAUAACGAUGACGGCAUCGCAAGCACAAUUACCAAGAGCUUAACAUCUUCCUCCACCAUCUCCAAUUCUUUUGUUAUGCCCACUUUAUCUCUAUCCUCAUCUCAGAGUCAACAAAGGAAGUUUCAGAUAUUGAUAUUCGGUAGAUUAGGACCUUCAUUUUAUCGGACUAUCCCAAAGCAAUACCAGUAUCUUUUCCAUGUCCCAAAUCAAUUAAAUACCUUAACAAGAAAUGAAAUGGACAAUUUUACUGCUUUUCUAAUAAUUUUCGAAGAAUUAAAAGAGUUGGUUUCCUUACUAAAUAGAAUUUCUGAAGAAUUAUCAUUCAAGAAAGUCCCUCCACCAAUUAUCCCCAUUUGUCAACCAGGACAGAAGAUCAAAGUGAAGAGCAUAUUGAAGUAUUUUUUGAAAAAUAAUUUCGUUACUCUCUUAUCGCCGAUCAUUAUUAUCAAUGAUGAAAGGGCUUUAUUAAAAAUGUUUAAAACAAUGCAAUCCAUUUCCAAGACAGUGAUCUCAGCAUCAUCCUCAACCACUUCUUCAGAUAAUGAAGAAGAGGAAAGUAGUGACCCAUCUAUGAAUGACAAAGUUAUUGACGUGAAAACGAUAAAAGAAUCAAUGAUGUCUUCUCAGAAAAAGAAGAAUAAGAAGAAACACCAUAAUAAUAGGAGGAAAGAACAUGUUCGUUCCAGUUCAACUUCUUUUUUCAAAAAUAAAUGGGUCGUUUGGAGUAUUUCAUUGACUGUCGGAGCAGGAAUGGGGUACAUAAUAUCAUAUUGUGUAUUUAAUAGCUCAAAAAGGUUACCUUUGGAAAAAAUCGCUCAUCAGACAAGACCAGGCCCCUUAUCCUCAUUGAUACAUUUAAAAUCAAAUAAAAAUCUACUGUACUUGGAGAGAACAACUCCGAAUGAUUACUCUUGGAGUUACUUUCAGAAUACUUGGGAGUUUUGCAAGGAAACAGUCAAUCAACUAAAUUCCACUUUUAAAAAAAUAAUUAGAAAACCAUUCGCAAUGUUUGAAAAUCUGAUUACAACUACUAUAAACUCAAAAGAUUGGAAGUUUGAUGAACAGGAUAGAAUACUGGCUCUAUGUUACCUUCUUUUAUGA